UUGCUGAGCAUUGUAAAAGUUUACCAGUGCUGAUUUGGAUACAGAUGUACUGAUGUGACAUGAUUUCAUUGCAUUAGUCCCUGUACUCUAGUGGAGCCAAUAAUCCCGUGUUUUGGCCUUUUUAGCCUCAAAUAAAAUAGCUGCUAUCUUCUGCCACCUUACAAUGAACCCUUACCAUCUUCAGAGCAAAACCACAGCUUCCAGCAAUAGGGACAGUCCCAGGACGGAUUCAGUAAGCCUUUUAGGUUCUCUGUGCAGAAAUGUAUUUUGAAUUUUUGGAAACAUUGGUUACUUUGGAACAGUCUGUUUCCAUGAAAACCUUGCUUAUCUCCAGUGUUGUUAAUAUGCCUCAAUAUAUUGCAAGGUUCUUCUCAUAAACUCUGCUUGUCUGUCCAUCCCGCAUACCUAUCCCACUUUUUCUCCUAAGGACAUAGUAUGUCCCUGCCAAUGAUGUGAGGAGCUGCCAGUUGUGGUAGGACUGCAUGGUCUGUGGGUUUGGGAAUGAGCCAGCAAUGCUAUUGGAGUCUGUGCACUGACACGCAAUCAUCUGUAGCUUGUUGCUUGUCACAUGGAGGCAGCAUGCAGCAUGAGCCAUUAGCUUUUGCUUUGAAAGUGCUUCCACACUCACAAGUUGAAAGUAGCUGCUGUGUUUAUCACCCUAUUAGAGAUACCAGAAGCUGUGCAAGGUACACAGGAUUGCUGUACCCAGCCCAGGGUGUGGAAGGCCUGCUGCAAAAACUUGUGGCCAGGCAGCAUGGGUGAGGCACCCUGAUUUUUUACAGCUGUGGUAAAACAAAGAUUCAAGAGGCUCAGGUGGGGCUCUCGCCAUAAAAAGCUAUAUGCCAACAGCAAGCUGUGAUGUUGGUGCAUCACAGGAAGCAAAGAGAAUAUGCUGAUGGAUGUUGUCCCUAAAUGGCAUAUAUCUGGUGAUUUCCUAAGAGAAGAUAACAAGCCUUUGUGUGCUCCCCUCCGUGUGAGCAAGAUGUACGUAGUCACAGUUCUGUGAAGGUUGGAUAGAGUGGAUACAGCCACUGAGAGACCUGGUGGUUCACACUGUGCUGGGCUUCCCAGGACUGAAGAGGACAUCCAGUCAGAACCAACAUGAGGAACAAACUAUGGCUCAAGAGUAUUUCCUUCUUCCUUUUAUUCCAGUACACUAUGUGUUGUGAAAACCUCACUUGUUUUGUGGACUAUGUACAGACCCUGUCCUGUAUCCUGAGAAAUGACCUGAGUGCCAGUUCAUAUAACCUUACUGCGACAUGGGUUCCUGAGGACAAUCCAGAAAACACUGUGGCUGCCUGCAAUCUCCUGCAAUUGUCCAGGAACACCAGCCACACACAGUAUAUGUGCAUUGUGGACAUGACUGAACUCCUGGCAGAUACCAAAGUCCAGGUGGAUGUUACAGAGAUAGCCAAUAGGCGAAAUGUGAUUUCCAAAGGCUUUUAUAUGGUACAGAACAUCAAACCACAGCCUCCUUUCAAUCUGACUGCUGUGUUCGCAGAGGGAUAUAAUAUUUCUUGGGAAACCAUCUACCAGAAUUCUUUCUACUUUUUGAAUGAAGAGCUGGAAUAUCAGCUGCGUUAUAAGAGAAGAACUGACACCUGGGAGACUCAGAAGACUAAAUCUGUUCAUGAAGAUAAACGGACACUGGUGAUCCUGCCACAGGAACUUCAGGGAAACACUGAGUAUGAGUUCCAAGUGAGAGCCAGACCCCGAGAGGACACUGGCUACAGUGGAUUUUGGAGUGAAUGGAGUUCCCCGCUGACACUGAAAACCAACCCUACUGCAGCGACACAGACAGCAGACAUGGGAUGGAUGCUGUUGUUUGUUGUUGUCCUGGUGAUCACUGCCUCAAUCACAGCCUUUCUGGCCAAACAUCAGAGCUUGUGGAAGAAGAUGGCUUGCAUCCCAGACCCAGCUCCCUUUUUCAAACCACUUUACCUGGUGCAUAAUGGAGAUUUCAAGAAGUGGGUUGGUACAUCCCAUACGAAAAUGACCCUUGAUUUCUUUGAAUGGGGAAUAGUCCUCCCGGAAGUCCUAGAAGUGUACAGCAUGUGUCCUUCCAACAGUACCUCACAAGAGGAGAUGAGUGAGCUAAAAAGAGAUCUGCCUUCUAAGCCUUAUGUGUCCUGCCUGACUACCCCAGGUCAGGAUAGCCAGUCCCUGCUGUCCAGUGUGAACAGUAGCAGUGGGACUCAGGACCGGUCAUAUGGACAUUUGUCUAUUGACACUGUGACUGUAGCUGGCGAAUUUACACCUUGUAACUGUCAAUGCAACUGUAACCGUAUGUACAGGGGACAUGACCGUACCAGUGAUGAAGACAGUGCUGGAGAAAACAGUUACCCCAAGGUUAACAUUGAUGAUGAAGACAGAAAACUAUCCAGUGACUUCCAUCUGCCUGACUUGAGUACACAGGACAAAAUACUUGCCUCAGGCUCUGUGUCCACAGACCACCUGAGGACAAGUGCCCCAGCCCACCAGAAAGUUGAAAGGGCUUUGGAAACAGGGAUGGGAAGCAUCCUAGAAGCCCUUUGCUUGCAUCCUAAUCAGUGGGAUUUGGAAAAUCCAGUUUCUCUACCUUCUCCUGAUGGUGAAAGUGUUUCCUACAGUGAAGUCUCCUAUGACUUUUUCCCUCACAGUGCAAGGCCUGGUGACAGUUAUCCAAUGGUCUGCCUAGAUUUGGACACUAUUGACAGUGGCUUUGCAGACUCAGACUGUGGGAGUCCAGUUGACUGUGAAUUUGAGCAAAACAGUCAGACCAACAGUGGGUCCAUUCCUCUUGAGCAGGAGGGAGAGGACUUUCCACGGAGCUAUGUCAAGCAAUGGGUCUCUCAUCGCUCUGACGGCCCUGUCAAUGGGACACAGACUAACUAAGGACUUGAUGUUCCUUUGCAGAUUGUAGGGCUUUUUCUAUAGAGUGCCAGAAGCAAAAUGUCAGCAAAUUCAGAAGAAAAAAAAAAAGUUUACUUUGUGUAAGCUCUACUGCAUACAACUGAAAACUAUUAGGUCCAUAGAAAUGUAAUGCCUAUUUCUGUUGCCACAUAUCUUGUUAAUGCUGUAUCAAAAGUAACAUAAUUAAUUUCUUAUAAGCUUAUAAAAAGUACAAAACUUUAAAGUAA